AAGAUCCAUUUAUAUAAAGACAUGAUAUCAAGUGACUAGCUAGGCAAUUAGACAAACAAAAUGAUUCUCUUUCUACUCUUUGUCGCCUUUCCUAUCAUUCUUAUUUUUCUUCUUCCUAAAGCCAAAAAGGGCUGCAAAAAUACAUUUCCACCAGGUCCUAUAGGGCUUCCACUCAUUGGAAAUUUGCAUCAAUAUGAUACUUUAACCCCUCAUCUCUAUUUUUGGAAACUUUCCAAGAAAUAUGGGAAAAUUUUCUCAUUGAAACUUGGUUCUGCUACUAUGGUUGUAGUUUCUUCAGCAAAAUUAGCAAAAGAAGUAUUGAAGACACAAGAUUUAGUAUUUUGUAGUAGACCUUCAAUUCUUGGGCAGCAAAAAUUGUCUUACAAUGGUCGCGACAUGGUCUUUGCACCUUAUAAUGACUAUUGGAGAGAGAUGAGGAAAAUUUGUGUGCUUCAUCUAUUUAGUCUAAAGAAAGUGCAAUUAUAUAAUCCAAUUCGCGAAGAUGAAGUAGCAAGAAUGAUCAAGAAAAUAUCUCAGCAAGCUGCUGCUUCUCAAGUUACAAAUUUGAGCAAUAUAAUGAUUUCACUAAUAAGUACUAUUAUUUGUAGAGUUGCUUUUGGUGUUAGGUUUGAUGAUGAAACGCAUGAAAAGAAGAGAUUUGAUCUUCUUUUGGCUGAAUCUCAAGCUAUGAUGGCUAGCUUUUUUGUGUCCGACUUUUUUCCUUCUUUAAGCUGGAUUGAUAAGUUUACUGGAUUGACAGAUAGACUUGAAAGGAAUUUCAAGGAUUUGGAUGAGUUUUACGAAGAUCUAAUUGAACAGCAUAAGAAGCCCAAUAGGCCAAAAUCCAUGGAAGGAGAUAUUGUUGAUCUUUUGCUUCAAUUGCAAUCAACACCAAUUGAUCUAACUCUGGAGGAUAUAAAAGGACUUCUAAUGAAUGUAUUAGUUGCUGGAUCAGACACUAGCGCAGCUGCAGUAGUAUGGGCAAUGACGGCCUUGAUAAAGAAUCCAAAAGUCAUGAAGAAAGUCCAAGAAGAAAUAAGAAGCUCAAUUGGGAGCAAAGGAAUUGUGAAGGAAGAUGAUGUUAAAAAUAUGCCUUAUUUUAAAGCAAUGAUAAAAGAGGCUUUAAGAUUAUAUCCACCAGUUCCACUUCUAGUGCCGAGAGAAUCAAUGGGAAACUCAACACUAGAAGGCUAUGAAAUUCAGGCAAGAACUAUACUUCAGGUUAACUCAUGGGCAAUUGCAAGAGAUCCUGAAAUAUGGGAAAAUUCUGAAGAAUUUAUACCUGAGAGAUUCUUAAAUAGUGACGUCGACUUCAAGGGACAACACUAUGAGCUAAUUCCAUUUGGAGCAGGAAGAAGAGGAUGUCCAGGAAUUGCACUUGGGGUUGCAUCCGCGGAACUAGCAUUAUCAAAUCUUCUUUACACAUUUGAUUGGGAGUUACCUCAUGGGAUGAAAAAAGAGGACGUUGACACAAAUGUUAGACCUGGAAUUACCAUGCAUAAGAAAAAUGAGCUUUGCCUUAUCGCUAAAAAUUAUUUCUAGAUUACACUCAGACGUGAAUCUAGGACGAGUUUUCUGAAGUGAUCAGUCUAAACUUUGAAUGAUAGAAUAAAUGUAUUUCUUAAAAAGUUUUGAGCUGAUCAGUCUAAACUUUGAAUAACGGAAUAAAUGUAUUUCUUAAAAAGUUUUAAGGUCGAUAAUAUUUUUAGUGAAA